AGGAUGAUAAUAGUAUGGGACCAGCGCGGCAGUCGCGCUCCCUCAUUGCUCGAUUGCAGAUUCGAAAAAGGUUCCACACCAGACCGUUCCUAUACGAGAAUCGUAAGAGAGUGUUCUGACGGCUGCUGACUAGCGAUUGACCUGUCUGAAGUGUUAAAGUAGGUUCGCUUUCGGGAAGGAUUGCUUGCGCGUGAAGCCGGUUCCGGUCGUUCUUUGGCUGUAGGAUGUAUACUGUGUCCAAGGGUCCCAGCAAGUUGGUAGCCAAAACCCGAAGAGGUAUUCCUCAGAAUUAUGAGAAGUUUGAGCUUAUGCGUGAACUGGGCAAAAAGAACGGCGACUGUGAUAUCACGAACGGUGAAUUAAGUGUUCCCCGGCCAGUUUUCCAGACAGCGAAAAAAUCAUCCGCACAACACCUGAGAGCGCAGCAGCAAAAUUCAGAAUCAUCAAAUCUCAGCCCGCAGCAUGAGGAACUGAUAAAGUACAUCAACGACUCUUGGAAUAUGGCGGUAGCUCCCAAUCCUUACGACGUGCCUGGGUCCCCGGAUUGUGAAAGUUCCUCCAUGUCGUCGGCCUGCAGUACCAGCUCGAUGUCCUCGGAUAGCUCCAGCAGUAGUACGACCACGUUGUACUAUAACGACCCGCCCAGCCCGGUCCUGGUAGACUUUAAACCCUUCGAUCUGGAAUCGUGGUGGGGAAGAAGAAUAUUCAACAACAUCACCAAAAACCUGUGAACAAGUCUGAUUAGUGUCGAUAGCAAAGUAAGUGGAUAAAUCGUAUUACAAACAACACAAAAACACGGAAUACCAAACUGAUGAAUCCUAAUUUACACAUACCCCGGCACGUGUCAUUAACACAAAUUACUUACAGUGAUCAGCAAAUAGAAACAAAAAACUAACGAUACAAAUUAUGUAAAAAGUAGUCCUAGUAGUUAAAUAGUGAUAUGAAAAAUAUUUCGAAUGGCUGCAAUAAUGGUGCUUCAAAAUGGGAAAAAAAAGUUGGGAAUCAGCAAAUGCAUAUUCGGCAAACAAAAUAUUAAGGGCAAGCAAAAAGAGGGUGUAAACGAGUUUUUUUUGUAGGCCGGAUGUGAUUUAGCGCAUUUAGGAAUGAUCGAAACGGGCGUGUGCAGUUGUUUUAAGAAUGUGGAGACGAUACUUUGCAGAGUUAGGUUUUUUUUUUUCGGUGACGUAGAAUAGCUAUUCCAUGUUUGAUUUUACUCUGAACGCUAUCCUUAGACUCUUUUCUGUAAACAGCAGUAGCUAGGAGCCGAACUAAUGGAUCUGAUUGAUCAAUUGCGCAAUAAAUCCGUUUGAAAAUUGUAUGGAGAUACGCUUUGAAAACAAAUAGUUCUUUAGUUCUACGGUCUAACGAGAUAUUUACAAACAACGCUGGCUCUCCUCCUCAGAUCCUAUGUUUCUCAAAUUGAUCCAAAAGUAGGGAGCAAGAAAAAGAAUCAAUUGCAUGCUUGGUGAUAAUAGUGUAAAAAAUAUUCUGCUGGAAAAGUGUGUAGAUGUUCGGAUUGCUAACAAAUUGAAAAUGCAGACAUAUUAAAGACAUAAUAACAGCGAAUUUCAGUUAAGUUUGGCAGCUUCAAAAAGUUGUCACUCGCAUACAACUUGUGGUCAUUGCAAACAAAAAUCGCAAAAUUGAAAGUCAUUAUAUCAGGAUAGAUUUAACUGUUACUUUAUGCGACUGAUGCUGAUGAGAUGAAUGAGAAAUUAAAGAACAAAUUGAUUA